AUGGGAAGAAACCUUACCACCAUAUGCAAAUGGAGUUUUCAAAACAGUACUAGAAGGGCAGCUCACACAGAAGCCGAAUCAAGAGCUAUUGCAUCUUUGCUGGAGGAGAAGCUGAAUGCUGAGCUUCCACAAACCAACAAUGGCGCUUCCAUCUACAGGGUUCCACACCGCUUACGUUCAGUCGAGCCUAAAGCUUAUGAACCCAGUAUUGUUUCUAUUGGUCCUUACCAUCACGGAGCUGCACAUUUACAAGCAAUGGAGAACACCAAAUUGAUCUUCUUUCAUCGCCUCUUCAAUCCAAACCAACCCAAUCAACCUAACCUGAGAGCACUAGUCAGUGAACUGAAAGAGAUGGAACACAAGGCUCGAGGCUGUUACUCGGAAGAUUUGAAGCUUAGCAGCAAGCAGUUCAUAGAUAUGUUGCUCAUCGACAGCUGUUUCGUCAUACAGCUUCUAAGGGAAACGAGGGAAGUUGAUUACAGUAAUAAGUCGAUACUCAUAAAGAGAUGGAUGUUACCCGUCCUCCAACGCGAUCUGAUCAUGCUUGAGAAUCAGCUCCCUUUGUUCGUGUUGAACAAACUCUACGACUUAACCACUACUUGUAGAGCCACCAAAGACUUGGGUUUGAAAGAUCUUAUGCUUCAAUUCUUCGAACCGAUGAUAUACAAAGAUUUGGGUACCCCGAGAAACAGCGCUUUGAGAGAAGGAGAUGGGCGAAACCACUUUCUUGAGCUCUUUCGGGCCAGCAUUUGUCCAACAGAAGUUUUAGAAAAAGAGAUCUGUGGUAAGGAGCCACACAUGUUUCGCUCCAUAACCGAGCUGAGGAAGUCGGGUAUCAAACUCAAGAAGGCAGAAAAAUGUCAACCAUUAGAUGUAAGCUUUGAAAUUAGAAGGGGAGUUCUGAAGAUCGCUCCAUUGAGCAUGGAUGACCACAAGUUCACACUCUUUCGAAACAUGGUGGCCUUCGAGCAGUGCCACUUUGCCUGCAAACCUCAUGUAACAGCUUACAUAUUCUUUCUCGAUAGGCUGAUCAACUCCGCAGAAGAUAUAGAAUUGCUUCAUCAUUCGGGCAUUAUGCAGCAUUCUUUGGGUGGAAACAAACAUGCAGCAAGACUAGUAAACAUGCUAUGUAAAGAAGUAGCUGGGGCAGUUGAUGAUUCGUAUUUACACAACGUUCUUUGGAAGAUUAAUUGCUACUGCAAUAAUGGUUGGCAUCAGAAGAAAGCCAAACUGAAACAUGACUACUUUUACAAUAUAUGGGUAUCAUUCUCGACUAUAGCAGCUAUUGUUCUAGUUUACCUUACCAUACUUCAAACAAUCUGGGGGCUCGGCGAUGAAGAUGCUCGAGAUCACAUGUUUGGAAACGGCUUUUGGAGAUCCUUCGGGGAAGCUUUUCUCAUACCAUUUAGAGGUGUUGGGCCAUCUAAGAAGUCAUCCCUGCAAAUUCAGAUUGAUGAAGAGCAAGCCAUAGAUGAAAAAGGUAAUCAGAUAGACGAAUACCUUCAAUGGUUCUUCCACUCCAACAUAAGCGAUGACAUUAAGCCAUUCUUUUUCAUGAGUUGUUGA